CAGACAGACGCAGACUCAAAAAUCAUGGCGGACGAAGUUGAGCAGCAACCAACUACCAACACAGUCGAGGAGCCACUCGAUCUGAUCAGACUCAGCCUUGAUGAGCGGAUCUAUGUGAAGAUGAGGAACGACAGGGAGCUCCGUGGCCGACUGCAUGCCUACGAUCAGCACCUGAACAUGAUCCUGGGUGAUGUGGAAGAGACUGUGACGACGGUGGAGAUUGACGAGGAGACUUAUGAAGAGCUCUACAAGUCGACCAAGAGGAACAUCCCCAUGCUGUUUGUGAGAGGAGACGGCGUGGUCCUCGUAGCUCCGCCUCUCAGGGUGGGCUAACCCUGACCGUUUCCUGGUGGGAAGGAACGUUGGUGACAGCUGGAAAGUUUCUAGCCUUGAGGUAGAGGGUGGUGCUGUCAUGACAGGCUGAAACAAGGUGGAGGGUUAAAACAUCUUCACCUCCCUUGGAUCAGACUCUGUUGUCAACACCUAUCUCUUAUUUUACAUUCAUGACUCAGAGGUCAGAAGCUUUUAAAACAUGUUUUGACUCAAGAAACAAAAGGAAGAGGAUAUUUGUUUUGGACUAAGAAGACCUUUUUUUAAAUUGUUAUAAAAUUGAUUUUGGGGUAAUGGUGAUCUCAGGCCACUAUUUCAGUUCUGUUUCUCAGGAUAUUUCAUUUUGACUUUGCUCAGUACAGCGGUUAAUGAAUCCUCACAGUAUUAGCUGUUAAGCCAGAAAAAUUGAAUAUUAUUUCUAAUCACUUCGAGAGGAUUUAGUUACCUCUUAAUCCCAGUGUCCACAAGUACCAGACUAUGUUAUAAAAGUCUCGUCAUGGUUUAUUAUCAGACAAAAAAAAACCCUGAGCAGAGGAGUUUAAUGUGAUUCUUCAUUUUGAAAUUGUUCCUCAAGUUAAA